AUGGCCCAAAGGUUGAUUCCUUUUGAGACAGUCUCAAAAUGGGCCAAAUCACGAGUGGUAACACGUACCUGGGCUUAUUCAAAUUUCAAUAGUACAUGGAUUACGAAAUCAAUUAGAAUCGGCACGGCUGAACGUACAGGGUUGAUUCCUUUUGAGACAGUCUCAAAAUGGGCCAAAGUAGGGUUGAUUCCUUUUGAGACAGUCUCAGAUUGGGCCAAAGUAGGGUUGAUUCAUUGGUUGAUUCCUUUUGAGACAGUCACAGAUUGGGCCAAAGUAGGGUUGAUUCCUUUUGAGACAGUCGCAGAUUGGGCCAAAUCACGAGUGGUAACACGUACCUGCGCUUAUUCAAUUUUCAAUAGUGCAUGGAUUUUGAAAUCAAAUAGAAUCAACACGGCUGAACGUACAGAGUUGAUUCCUUUUGAGACAGUCUCAGAAUGGGCCAAAGUAGGGUUGAUUCCUUUUGAGACAGUCUCAGAAUGGGCCAAAGUAGGGUUGAUUCCUUUUGAGACAGUCUCAAAAUGGGCCAAAUCACGAGUGGUAACACGUACCUGGGCUUAUUCAAAUUUCAAUAGUACAUGGAUUGCGAAAUCAAUUAGAACCGGCACGGCUGAACGUACAGGGUUAAUUCCUUUUGAGACAGUCUCAGAUUGGGCCAAAGUAGGGUUGAUUCCUUUUGAGACAGUCUCAGAUUGGGCCAAAGGUUCAUUCCUGUUGAGACAGUCUCAGAAUGGGCCAAACGCUGAGAUCCCUCAGUCACGAGUGGUAACACGCACCUGGGCUUAUUCAAAUUUCAAUAGUACAUGGAUUACGAAAUCAAUUAGAAUCGGCACGGCUGAACGUACAGGGUUGAUUCCUUUUGAGACAGUCUCAAAAUGGGCCAAAGUAGGGUUGAUUCCUUUUGAGACAGUCUCAGAUUGGGCCAAAGUAGGUGCUGAAGUGGAGUGA